AUGGAAACAGGUACUCCGGCAGGCGGUAGCGGUGCCGCCCCAGAUCCCAACUUUCCACAGGGCCUGUGGAUCCAGCCGAGCAGCAGCAAGCACAGGCAAGCCCGCGCUUCGACGACGAGGGACCUGGCAGCAUCAGCCGCAGCGACCAGGUGGGACGAGGACAGCCAGCACGACAUCGAUCAGUACGGGAUAGCUGGGAGAAUAUGGGAAGCCGCAUACCUGAUGGCCGUCUACCUGCGCCCGCCUUUGCACUCCGCCCUGCUCGGGUCUGGAGCCGGCUUCGGAGGUCUCCACUUUGCGCAGCAGCUCUGCCAUCAUCGCAUCAGCUCAAAGGGGGACCGUACCAACAGCCCGGAAGAGGCGACGGCGUACCCAGAUACAGUCAUCCUGACCGACUUGCCCAACGUCGUCCCCUUGAUGGAGCGCAACGCCGCCGCAGCGGGUCUCUUGCAGUCUACGACAUCGCCCGACGACGAGCUCUCGUUGGCAACAAGCACGCAAGCGCGACGGCCGGCGCACCCGUUGACCCACGUCCUAUGCUCGGAUCUCGUCUACUUCCCCGAGCUGCUUCCGCCGCUGCUUCGUUCCCUGAUCGACCUCACGGAUCCAGCGACAGGCGGGAAUGGCGGGAUCACGACACCGACAUCGUCGCCGGAGGUUAUCAUUUCGUACAAGAUCCGCUCGCUGGUCAAGGAGCAGCCGUUUUGGUCCGCGUUCGGCUCGUGGUUCGACUAUCAGCCGACCUGA